CCCUCCACGUAAGCCUCCGUGAAAUCCCACUCAUCCACGUCAUCACUUUAAAAGUCCUUCCUCUACCAAAUACAACCUUCCCCCGCCUUCAAAAUUUUCCACCCAAUACAACCCAGGAGUCUCCCACAAAUCCACAACUACUCCUUCCUACUGGUCGUACGCAUCCAUCAUUCAACCCUAAUCGUCCGGCUCCCAAUUUCCUACCACUUAGUCCGCCUGUGCCCGUUCAUUGGUAUCUCUGAUUCUGGCCACCACCCCAGUGACUGCGGCCUUAUCCAAACGGGAGACCGCCAAUUCCGUCCGACUUCGUACACCCCAGUCGAUGUAGAGUCUUCUUUCUUUUACGCCCGUCAAUAGGUUUCUGUCAACGAGGCUACUAAUCAUAGGAGUAACACCCCAUCCAACGUGUGUAUCCGCUUUCCCUGGUUUGGACCGCAAGAUUAAUCAGCCCUGACCCUGCAACUUCAGGUAUGAAGAAUUGUUACCACACCUCUUUGACCAAUAAUUUACAAUUUGUUGCACAUGUUUUUCCGCCCUUGAAGGCCGCCUACAAUCUAUUGUUCAGCAUGAGUUUCCAAAACAGAAGAAUUGGGCGAACCAGAUGCAACCUUUCUGUUUGGUUUAUAGAAAAAAGUUACAGCACCCACUUGAAUGCAUUAGACUACCCUGCCUUAUUUUCCAUGUUUGGUUUCUAACAGCAAUGCAUAAGAGUACCAACUGAGUUUUGAUUACCAUUUCACAGGAUAUUUGCAGCGGCCACCAAGCUUGCAUGUCUUGCUUUAGUAUCCUUCUAUACAAUGCUACAUGCUAAUUUUGCUCCAUGUUGCACCUGUAUUGACGUUCAUUUGACUUUCUCGCCAUCUCAAUGCGCCAGAAUAGUAGCCGAGUUUGGGUUACCAAUUCAUAGAAUAUUGAAAUAGGCCACCAAACUUGCCUGUCUGUGUUGCUUUGGGACCCUUCCAUACAAUGCUCCCGCCAAGUUCGCUCCAUGUCCCAACUGGAAUCAAGUUCAUUUUUCCUUUGUCACCUUAAUGGAACUUUACGUUCUAUUACUUUUAUUUCUUCAAUUUAUCAGCAAAGUAGUAACCAUAUUAGCCAAUGUCUGUUUGUAGGUGGGAGGCGUCGUUAAGGAUAUCUAUCUCUGUCCUUACAAUGGAUCGCAAAGGAAAGAGAGCACUGGUCUUGGACCAACUUGCCCAGCAAAAGAAAAGAAGAUUUGCAGCUGUAACCCUUGCAGAAGGUACGGUACACAAUCAACCACAACCAGGUUUUGGUUCUUAAGUUGGUUUAGCUUUCAUUAUCUUCCCACGUUGGUUCCUCAAGCAGGGAGUUUCUUCCCCUAACCACUAUAUUUGACCGCUUUAUAACAGAGAACCCCCAGCUUCAACAUCUGCUACAUCUGCUCAUGACUUCCAAGGCACUCUUCCACAAAGGACUUCCUCAUAACUUGGAAGGUUAUGGAACAACAUCAAGAUUUGAUGAAUUCAGACAAAAAUUGGAGUUAAAAUGUUGUUCGAUCCUGCUGAUAUCUUCUCAACUUUGAAAGCUUCAUUGUCCAAGAUUAUGAGGGAAAGACGACACGCUUACACUUGAUGUUCAAACGAAAACCACACUUACGAAUGUUCCUAAUGUCACGUAUGUUGACUUUCGUCUUCACUUUCCCGCCAACAACUUCCAAUUCUUUCUCUAAUUUUCUGCAGGUUAUCAACAUACCUUGACCCAUUUAGCCACAAAUUAUGACCAUAUACGAGUCAACAUUAUCAAAUAAUGUGUUAUACAACAAUAUCAGUCAGCAGGAUGAUCUUUCUAAUCAUGUUGUGGGAUUCUAUCAAACAUUGUUUACUAAGAAAGCUGGCCUUAAUGAUGAUGCCCUUCAAGAUUUCCCUAGGCUAGUGUCCAAUGAAAUGAAUUUUGAGCUGGAUAAAGAGCCGACUGUUGAGGAGAUUCGAGCUGCGGUGUUCGACCUUGGUCCUACAAAAUCACCAGGUCCUGACGGAUUUGCGGGCUCCUUUUAUCGUAAGUUCUGGAGCAAAAUUGGACCAGAUUUCUGCAGUGAAGUUAUUGAUUUCUUUAGAUCGUCGAUUAUGCCACAGGGAUGGAAUGAUACUCAUAUUGCCCUUAUCCCCAAGGUUCUUGCUCCGGAGACGAUUUCCCAAUUCCGCCCUAUUAGUUGCUGUAACUUCAGAUAUAAGAUUAUUUCCAAGAUCCUGGCGAGUCGAAUGAAGAAGUGGCUCCCGGGAUUAGUCUCAGAGAUGCAGGCAGCUUUUACAGGUGGGAGGCUUAUCUAGGACAAUGUCAUUAUUGUUCAUGAAAUGCUUCAUAAUUUCAAAAAUCGUCGAAUUGGUGACUGGGAUAUGAUGGUGAAGUUGGAUAUGAGGAAAGCCUACGAUUUAGUGGAUUGGGAUGGACUUGAUUCUAUUUUGCUGGCUUACGGGUUUUCGGAAAAAUGGAGGGGUUGGAUUCGUGCAUGUAUCAGGACAGUCAAGUUUUCUAUCCUUCUGAAUGGAAGUCCUACCGAACCUUUCUUGCCGUCCAGAGGUAUCAGACAAGGUGAUCCCAUUUCCCCGUUCUUGUUUAUCCUUAUGUCCAAUGCCCUGUCUCUCCUAAUUGAAAAGGGUAUCGAGAAAGGUGAAAUCCGAGGAAUCAAGCUCAAUCAGAACUGCCCAAGAAUUUUCCACUGUCUGUUUGCGGAUGACACUGUCAUCUUUGGUAAGGCAAGUGUUUUGGAAGCGGAUAGGAUUCUGGAUAUCAUUAACAUGUAUGGUAACACUACGGGGCAGGAAAUCAAUGCGUCUAAGUCGU